AUGGCCAAGUGUCGUGAUCUCCGUUCUGCCAGGAAGCUCCGCAGUCACCAAUGUGACCCGAAGCAGCAUGAUAAGCAAUACAAGAAAGCCCACUUGGGCACAGCCCUGAAGGCCAAUCCUUUUGGAGGUGCCUCUCAUGCUAAGGGAAUUGUGCUGGAAAAAGGAAGGGUUGAAGCCAAGCAGCCAAAUUCUGCUAUCCGGAAGUGUGCGAGGGUGCAGCUCAUCAAGAAUGGAAAGAAGAUUACGGCGUUCGUGCCCAGUGAUGGCUGCUUGAACUUCAUUGAGGAAAACGAUGAAGUUCUGGGUGCUGGAUUUGGUCGAAAAGGCCAUGCUGUAGGUGAUAUUCCUGGAGUCCGAUUUAAGGUUGUUAAAGUAGCCAAUGUGUCUCUUUUGGCCUUGUACAAAGGCAAGAAGGAAAGACCAAGAUCAUAAAUUUUGACAAUGCAAACACAGUAAUAAACUUUCAUAUUCUGAAAGAAAAAAAAAGAA